AUGGAUAGUCGAGCGGCGAAACCACAUGAGGCGGUUGCUCACGUGGGAGCCUGCUCGUUUUCAGCUGGGAACGGACAAGAGGGUUCCGCACAACAUCAGCCACCGAGUCAGCUUCAAAGGUCUUUGUUACCCAGAGAACGUGGUGUGCCGGAGGCCGCGGAUCCUGAUCUUCCGCUCUUUCAUCGACACUUUUUGCCCAAGGAGAGGCGGGAUGGAGAUGAUGAGAGGCGCGGUACGCCUCCGAGGAAACAGAUCCGAGCUCGAAUCCGAAGGCAGAGAAGACCGGAGUUGCAGGCCGAAGACCUGGCGAGCGUGUUGCGCUUCUUGGAGGACGAAUUUGCCGUGAAGGAGAAUCUGUCCAAUGAUCAGAUGUGGUGUACGCCAAUACCACAUGAGAGAAAGGUGUCGACCGUGCGAGCCUUCUACAAGGAGUUCCACGAUGCGGACACUUUGCCAAUACGGACUUGCAUGCUGUGCUACCGACAACCGUUCGCCAUUUUCAUGUCGAAGCUGCUUUCCCGUGGGCGAGACCUUCUCGGCAUGUGCGGAGUGCGCUCGUUGCUUGAGGCGGGGUGUUCUGUCGCCUGCGGCCCAGCUUCACAGACGUAUUGGGGCCUCACGCCGGUUGAGGAGAAGCUCAUCGCGCUGAAUUCGUGUUAUGAAUUUGUCACAAGGUACAGCAUUCCGGGUGGCAAAAGGCAGACUCUGAGGUAUCCGAGGCACGUCAAAGGCCACAUCACGGUGUUCCCGAACAACGUGCAGGAGCUGGCCGCAAAAGUGCUCCCCCAUCCGCUUUUGCAAGUCAUGGACGAGAUCCACGUCUCGUGGCAAGGCGCGGAGAAACCGGGACCGAGCGAUCUUUCAAGCCUCCUAUCGGUGAGGCGGCGAGUCGUUGAGAGGGCCCUUGUCUGGCUGAAGAAGAACAAUCCACACUAUGCUGAGAUCGAAAUCGACGCGGCGGAGAUGGAGAGU